AUGUCUGAAUUCGUCAACCCCUUCGACGCGGCCUCCUUCACCAGUGGCACGGCGACCAUCCCACCCCCUGCGUACGACCCUUCCGUGAACGUAACCAUCUUCUACCGCCACUACAAACCCUCUUCUUCCUCCUCGGUCCGCCCGAUCCUGUUGCUGCACGGUCACCCGCAGACGCACGUCAUCUGGUCCACCGUCGCCCCUGCGCUAGCCCAGACGGGCAAAUGGGAGGUCGUGGUGCCGGACAACCGCGGCAAUGGCUCCUCCAGCGCACCCGAGGGUAAAAGUGAGGAGGGCUAUUCGAGGUACUCCAAGCGCGAAAUGGCGAGGGAUAUGGUCGUGCUGAUGGAGAGCCUCGGGCACAAGGAGUUCUGGGUGGUCGCGCACGAUCGUGGGGCGAGGAUCGCCCACCGACUGGCACUGGAUUGGCCCGAGAGGGUGAGGAAGAUGGUCCUUUUGGACAUUGCGCCCACUCUGGACAUGUACGAGACGACCGAUGUGCGAUUCGCCUCGGCCUACUGGCACUGGUUCUUCCUCCUGCAGCCGUCGCUACCGGAAGCGUUCAUCGGGGCGAAUCCGCAAGCGUACCUCGAUGCGCUCGUGACCCGAUUCCCGCGAACCAACCCAUCCACCGCCUCGUCGUCCACCCAAGCCGUCGACCUCUGGCGCACCACUUGGUACCUCGAGAACCUAGCAAGGCCAGAAAGCGCACAUGCCAUGUGCGAGGACUACCGCGCAUCUUCCCCCCACAACGGCAUCGACCUCACACUCGAUCGAAAAGACAGGCAGGAAGGGAGGAAGGUCAAAUGUCCGGUAAAGGUGUUAUGGGGCAACCACGGCGUGAUCCAGUUGAUGUAUGGUGGCGGUCUGGAAUUGUGGAAGAAGUGCUGUGAGGAGGUGGAUGGUGAAGGGCUCGAUUGUGGACAUUACAUUCCCGAAGAGGCCCCUGGGCGGGUGGUGGAGGUCGUGCACGAGUUCUUUGCCUAG